AUGAAAACACAACGCGAAUUGGAUACAAAUGUUAUACGUUCAGAUACACGUCUGCGCGAAAGUGUACGUAGUUUACCUCGCGGACACUUUCAACAGAUAAAACAAAUGUUUGACAAACCAUCAUGUUCAACGAAAAAAUUAGCAACUAUUUAUGAACAACAACAGCAGCAACAGAAAUCAUUUCCAUCGCAUGUUCUUCUCCGAUUACCUGUGACUGAUGACGAAAAAUUAAAACAUGCAACAAACAAUGAUGAAAACAAAUUGACUGUGAAUAAACCAUCCGUCGAAGAUUUAUAUCGAGAUUAUCUCGCUGAAUAUCAAGCAUUUCGUUUGAAACUUACAAAUGAAUAUCUCGAACAUAAAACAAUGUAUCCAACAAAACAAGAUAAGCUUCUGUUAACACAAUCGACAUCUCUGCCUCAUGAGAAUCAUUCAAAUAAAGAGACAUUGUCCUAUUCUUCGUCUUUACCUCUGCACUCGUCUUCGUCGGAUACCGAAGAAUCGAUGUUAAUCACAUCCGAACUCAAUAAAAAACCUCGUCAAUUGUCCACAUCAACGGCGGUCAAUUAUACGGACAGCUAUGAUUCAUCUCCAUCAAAUCAUUUGAAUCGCGCUGGAAGUAGUCGACAAUACGUAUCGAGUAUACAACGAGCUGUUGACAUGAAUGCUAAUCCCAGUACUAUCACACCUUCAGCAAUAUUCAGUCCAUUGAAAGUGAAUCCUUCAACAACUUUUCAUGAACCUUAUGAUACAGUACAAUCCUCAAGACGUUUCCAUUCAUCGACAUCGUUGUCAUCAACUGGUUAUGAUUCAAAUUCAUCACCGUCGAUGAAAUCUAAACGAAAUUCUAUUGCAACUAAUAAUAGUAGUAACGAUUGUUUAGUACAUUCAACAUAUUCAUCAUCAUCGUCGUCGUCUCCAUCCAGCGAUGAUCAGCAACAACAGGUAUCGAAACCUUGGAUCCAACAAACCAGUCCAACGUCUUUUACUCGAAUUCAUGACGAGACUAAUAAUGAAGCAGCCGACGAACCAUCGCCGCUAAUAAGUCGUACACAAAUCAAAUUGAACCAACCAGUAUUUGAACAACGUCCUUCUCCACAAGUUCGUUAUGCAGUUGUUCGUAAUGCAACGUUUACUGUCGAGUCGCCAUCAACGUCUUUGGCUGUUCACGAACCGGUCAUCGGAAACAAGAAAGCACAUAACUCAUCGUACACAGUUCAAACUACAUCAUUCGCUGAUAGUCCCGACAGUAGCAUGGUAGACAAGAAGAUCCGUCGAUGGAAUAACGUCUAUUCCGAUCGUCGCGAACUUGUCAGUGCAUUGAAUAAGACUAAAAAAUAUCCAUUGGCAACAACGGCGUCUACAGGUUUCGCCGUAGUACAAUUGGAUAACAGUCAACAACAACAGCCACAGAAAUCGAUUGUAUCUGAUCCGAUUAAUGAGCGAGACGAAAGUCCUGUCUCUGCACCAAACGAUCCCGUAUUUGAUCGACUUCCACCGAAAAAGCCACCAAGAACGUUCAAAACUGAGAAUAAAACUGAACGUAAACUACAAGCAAACGAUCAAAAAGUUCCAACAUCACUGGAUAAUAAUUCCUCGUUAUUCGAUCUCGGUGCACGUUCCAUUAGUUGCAUGAAUCUAACUGCUGGUGCUACGCCAACUGGCCUGUCCUCACCAUUGGGUGUUCUACCAUCGAAACAUGAUCAUUAUCAAAUGCCUCGUCGAUCCAGUGUGACAUCGGAGAAAAUAUCGAGUAACACCAGUCGAAACGGUAAUGUCUAUGAAGAACUACGAAAUGCGUCAUCGUCAACAACAUUGAUUAAAAUAACCGAUUCACCACAAGUAUUGGUGAACAGUUCUGAAUCUUCGAAGGCAAAUGCUAACCAUCAUAUUCUUCGUACGCCAACAACAAAGUCAAAAAUGGCACAGCCAUCACUCACAGUGAAGUCUGUUAUGAAGAAAGGUGUGAGCGAGCCUAAUCUUGCUAAAACAUCGUCAAAUAAAUCAGCAUUCUCUCCACGUGGCAUCCUUGAACGUUUUAGACGUCUACUUCCAUUAUCAUCAUCCAAACAAUCAUUAAAUGAGAAGUCAAAUAAUCCAAAUGAUAGCGAUGAUUCAACUAGUACAUCAUCGGAAACGACCGACAACAUUCGAACGUCGAGACUCGAUCAUGUCAGUCGAGUAAAAACUGUCUAUGAUUCACUAGGUAAUACUAGUCACAUGUCAAGUUUAUUAACCGAUCCUAAUUUGGACAAUUCAGUCAAUGAAUUAACAACUCUUUAUGAAUACGUUGUUCAUAUCGUACCUGAACAGGAAAUCGGGUAUUUCUCACAUGGCACCGGUUGUUUAUUAUCGUCAAAUUUUCAAACAUUACAGCAAAUGUCAACAUCAACAUCAGUACGUUUUAAGUAUCCGCCGGAUGCAAAUGACGAAGCGAGACUGAAACAUUUCUGUUUUCCUGAUCAACACGAUGCAAAUAAUAAUCCAUUACUGUUGACCAAAAAGACAACGCAAGAAUACUUUCGUUUUAUAUUAACCAACAUGCAUGGUACGAGACAAUAUGGUUAUUGCUCACGAUUCUUUCACAAGGGUACUCUGAAUGCUCUAUGCAUAGUUUCGCCGUAUGACAUGAUUGAAAUCUAUGAGAAAAUACUUUCGACAACCACCGAAUUGUUCAUUUCGUAUAAAGAUGAUGAUGCCAGAAGAUUCUUAGAAGAAAUCUAUCCACAUCAAUUACCUGCACGUGGCGAUACCAUUCAUAUCGAUACCACAACCGUUGGAUUGUAUACAUUGAGAUGUGAAGAAGAUAGAAGAAAAGAAUUGAUCGAUUCCGUAAUACUACUCAGCUUAUCGACAGAAACAAUCAUCAAAAUCUUCUCUGCAAUACUUUACGAACAAAAACUAAUCUUCAUCGGUAAUGAAAUUGGUCCACUGACACGUUUGAUCAAUACAUUAAUUUGUCUUAUGUAUCCAUUUUCAUGGCCACAUACGUACGUACCUAUUCUUCCGGCAUUGAUGCUCGACAUCAUUCAAGCACCAACACCUUACAUUGUCGGCAUUUUACGUUCUUGUGAAUCCUAUCUCUCGGCUAAUGACGAUCUUCUCACUCAAGAUAAUUCCGAUAUAAUUAUUGUCGAUAUUGAUCAUGAUCGUAUACGUUCGAUCAACGAUUAUGCAACUGGUGGUUCUGUAGAUACUUUGCAUAGUCUUCCAUUGGCUCAUGCUGAACCAGCACGUUUUCAAAUUCUACCGAAAAUUUUCAAAAUCGAAUUAAAACAAGAAAUAUCCUUAUUACGAAAGACAAAAUUAAGUUUGUCGUUAGAUGAAUGUCAACAGCGAUUACGCGAUGUUUUCAUGUCCAUAUUUGUUCAAUCGUGUUAUAACUAUCGAGAAUAUUAUUAUGAAAGUUUUCGUCGCGAAGACUUUCUCCAAUCAAAACAGCAUACAAUCGAAUUGUUUCUUGAAUGGUUUACGCGUACACAAAUAUUCGAAUUGUUCAUUCGACAAAAAUUCGAAUUCAACCAGUCAAAUCAGUUCGGACGAACAUUUGACGUCGCUUGUGAAAAAUAUAGUAAGACAAUGAAUAAACAAAUAUCCACACAGCGUAUUACCGCCAAAUCAGUCAAAAGAAAAUCGGCAACCCGAACCAAUAAACAAGAAAAUCGAUUUUAA